CCCGCUGCACUUUUCCGAGAGUCUGAUUCAUACGGACCUCUCUGCUCAUCGCUUACGGUUGUGACGUAUCUCACGGUCAUGACGUAAAAAGUUUUCGCAAGCUUCCUCACUUGGGACUUUAGGGAUGACGGAUGUCGUUGAUGGAAAACCCCUCAAGACGGAGAGAAGAUAAAAAGAGCAAACCGCUGCAAAUGGAACCUGAAACAGAAAUUACCGAGUUCACCGGCGGACAGAUACCCACAUCGAGACACCGACAGCCGCCCUGACAGACAUGAACACCUUCAUAGUUAUUGCCAUUCUGCAACACUUCCUGUUUGCAGUUUUGGUUCAAUCAGCUCCUAUCAGUUCGCCGUCUGACCUGCCGCCAGCAUUCAGAGAAGCAGCCGAGCGAGCGAAAACACUGGUGGACAAAAUACUCAGUGACAUCCCCACCGUGCACACAACUACUGUUAACGCUGAGGGUUUGACGCUUGACCCCUCCACCCAGAUAGCAAACCUGCAGAUGAUGAUGACAACACUGGGCAUCCCCGUCGCACCCGUCCUCAAACCGCUGUCUGAGCGGUUCACACUGGAGAUCUGUGUAAACCGCAUGUCAGCGGGCACCAAACUGUACCAGGGGCUCCUGGGAGUUUUGUCUAACAAACUGAGUGGACUGAGCGACCUGAAAGCCGACCUCAGAGACCUGCUGACACACAUCAACAAGAUGAAGGAGGUGGCUCAGCUUGGCAGCAGUGGCGCGGAUGAUCAGGACCACAGUCCAGACCUGGCCUUUAGUCCCCAUGGUGACUAUGAUGUCCAGGUGGCAGUCCACCUUACAUUGACACAACUUCGUUCCUUCUGUCAUGAUCUGAUCCGAAGCCUGAGAGCUGUUGCCUCUUAUAGGCCACGAGCAACAGGAGCACGCUAAGCUCAACCUGAGCAGACCCCAAUAUGUUUUCAAGGAUACUGGGAAAAAGUCUGAUGAGUUGGAUAGAGAGACCUCCGAUAUGUCUUCCUGCAGUGCCUCAUGAGAAAUCUUUAUUUCUUAUCAAUCAGGGAAUGACGGUCAAAGACAAUCACUGGAUUCUUCUCUUUGAGCUACCAUAUACCAUCUGAUGUAAACAAACUUAAGACUGCUGCAGCAUUCUGUUCUCAAAGCUGACAGACAUCACCACUUCUUCUUCUGACGAACUCAGCAAUUCAGAUAUUUAUUAUUUUAUUCUCCCCAAGUGAACCAUCUUUCCAAAGGAAAAGAUUCUGCUGCUUCAUUUUCAAAUCUGUUUAUUUAUUUAUUUAUACAUUUUGAAGUGUUUCUCAGGGUCUCACUACUUGGUCAGACGGGAUGCAGUAAUGCAGAACUAUCCAGAACAACUUUGCGUUUCCAGCUUGUCUGUCAUCUAAAGGAUCAGAGCUCUGCCUCAUCUGGCCAAAAAAACAAUGAGCAGGAAUGUGAACGAGUUUAAAAACCUUCCACUACUGCAGAGACGAUUUUGACAGAUCAGAGAUGUGCAGGUCUAAACCUGCUCAGCUCCUGAAA